GAUACAAUAUAUUUUAUGAAAACACAUCAAAGUAGCUAGUAGCUAAAGCCGAAUAAAUAAAUUAAACCAAACAAUAAGAAAAGAAAAAAGCGUACGGAAAAAUAUGGAGACUUACGUUGAUGCGAUUGGGGUGGACACGGAAGCUACAACAACGAUGGCUAAGCAGAGCAAAAAGAAGUUGAAGGUUAUGGUUGCGAUGGAUGAAAGCAAGAAUAGCUUCUAUGCGUUGGAAUGGGCAGUUGAACAUCUCAGAGAUGUUAUUAGCGCAGAACCGGAAACCGAUCAAGCAGGCGGUUUACUGACGUUGGUUCAUGUCCAUCCAACAUACCUUCAAUAUAUCUACCCUUCUGGUGGAACUGCUUCGGCUGUGUAUGCGACAGAUUCAGUUCCUGAAUCAAUGAAGAAAGCACGAGAAGAGAGCACGGCCAAGCUGUUCACACGGUCAUUGGAGAUAUGUCGUGGCAAAAUGGUGAAGACAGAAACGAUGAUAUUGGAAGGAGAUCCUAAGGAGAUGAUAUGCCAAGCAGUCGAACAAACUCACGUGGAUCUUCUUGUUGUUGGUAGCCGUGGACUUGGCAUGAUCAAGAGGGCCUUUCUAGGGAGUGUGAGUGAUUACUGUGCUCAACAUGCGAAAUGUCCUAUUCUCAUCGUGCGACCACCUAGAGAAACCUCGACCAGUAGUAGCACUAAGGAACACAAGAGCAACUGAGGAAAAACCAUGUGACGAUCACUUUUGUGUUUUGCUCUGUAGUGUGAUGACUACUCUCUUUUUCAUUCCGUUUGUAUAUGAAUAAAAGUUUUAAAUGUGGUGUUGAACGAUUUGUUUUGCGUCA